AUGUUUGCCUAUUGGAUUUUCAAGGAGCCCUACCAGCACAUCUUUCAGUGCGAUGAGGCUUGUAAGGCCACAGAUGAUAAGAUCAGGGCCGUGGACAAGAAGGAGAAUGAUUUUAAUGAGUUGCUUGAUAUGAUGAAUAAGGGUUACAUCUACUGUGCAUGCGACAAGAACACGCUGUCGGAAGAAGACCGCGAGUACUACGACCACAGAAAGAGCAUCAUUAAGGAGUACUUCACUGCCAAGCUCGAAGCUUACCAAGCGGCCAUGGCCUGCCUGAAGAAGCACAUGAAGACCCUCUCCGUGACGUCAAACGCGGAGGAGCUCAAAAAUUGCACCAAGCUCGAGACAGAGUUCGACAACGAGAUCAUCAGAUACAGCAUCAAGGUCAUGGAGAUGUAG